GGAAGAGUGCAACGUUAUCAUGGCCAGGCUUACGGACUUGAAAUUAAAACUGCAAUCGCUGAUAAGGGUAACGGGAAUUUACAUAUUGAGAUUAGGUGCCACUUUAGGUCUCGACCCCAACGAAAUUGACGUAACAGUAACGACUGGUACGUCCGCAGGACCGACACUCCACUCAUUAAGUUACGACCUUUUGGACCAAGCCAGUUCGACGCGAGGCCCAUCUCCUGCACCCGGCGAUUCGAAUGACACGCAUACAGGGGAUGACGACGGCAGUCGCAUUUCCGUUUUGCGAAGAAGCUAUCACUUCUUGGGCAGAGUCGUUAGGGCUUCGUUGCCGAUACAAGCGAUGAUGCUGUUGCUUCUGGGAGCGGCUUCUUUAGUUCCGACAACACAAGACGACUAUUCUUGCUUGCUUGUUAACAAUUUCGCAAACAGUUUUACGCCGAUGCUCCGGUAUAACGACGGACCGCCGCCACUUUAAUAACAAGAACGAGAAGCUGAGAUCAAAGAAACAAAGACUUGGGAUUCUUGUAUCUACUUUUGUUCCAUUCCAUACUGUAUUUGUUAAAGUAAGUGACUGUUUUCUUUACUUUUCUUUUCUUUUUCGUCCUUCCUAACGUAAUACUUUACUAUAAAUAAUACUUCAUAUUUAAUUAUGACUCGGUGAAAAGUUUAUUUUCGACUCUUUUUCGAUAUUACUUAUAGAGACUGCUGUUAGGUUCUUUUUAUAAGAAAAAGUUUCGACAAUUAUAUAUUUAUGUCGCGAUAUGAUAUAAUGAUGUAUCUAUAAUAUGGUGUGAUACCGUUGCUUACUUCGGUUCUGUUCUUUUAUUUAACUUAACACGAUACCUACCCACAAAUUAAUUAAUUAUCUAUAUAUUAUAACCAAUUAUUACGAUUAAAAGCUUUCGCAAAACCAAUAAAAGUUCGCUGCAAAUGUAUAAGUACUGUGAUCAAUGCCUUGGUUUUUUUUUAAUUAGUCUUUCCUUUUUUUUUUUUUUGAAUGAAUCGAAAAU